AGACACUGGUCCCUCUUAUCCCAAUCUACUCCUCCAGGCUUCAUCUUACCAUUGGUGGUAUAGCAUCACAACCAUCGAAUACGCUUAAAGAUGAAGAAAGCUCAAUACAGUUGCAAGUUUUUUAUUGUUUGAUGCAGCUUUUGCCACCUAAUCCAAUAAUGUUCUAUGCAACUCAGGCCACCACAGCCUACCAUCGCAAGAGGAAAGAGAAUAGGGGGGAAAAAUCCACCAAACUAGUUCCCCCAGUUAAUAGCAUCAUCUAUUGAUUUUUUCUACUCAUGCCAAUCUCGUGCUUAUUUCUCUCCCUUUAUCAGCCAAACCUCUAUCUUUAUUUCUUUUUCUUUUCUGUAAAGCCUCUUGAAGGAAGGAUACUGAAGAACUAAGCCAUGGCUACCUGUGGAAGCCUUCAGCACAUCUUCGAAAAUCCAUUACAAGAAACACCUACAAUUCUUGAAUCCCUUCCUUCUUGGAAGCAAAUCAAGCCUGUAAAACCCAUCGAGCAAUCGUCGUUCAAUGACAUAUUCGAUUUAAUCCCACACGCACCAACUUUGAACCUCGACAAGAAUGAUAGUUUAGGCAAUGAAUAUGAGAGCAAGAAGAGCUCGUCACUGGACUACUUUUCAAACACACCAACGAAUCACCUAUACACAGGUGGUCACAAGAAUGGUGACAGCUUUUCACCAAGGAACUAUGAGAGCUUGCAACUAUGCACAGAGGGGCUUGGUUUUGAAAGCUUUGAUGACGUUGAGUACUUGAAGAAUGAUAUAAACGAAGAUUGGCAAUACCAUGAGGAGAAAGCAAGCAUUACAAGGCAUUCAACACCGGAGAAUCUAAGUGGAGAAAUACGGCGGUCCAAGCAGAGUGGCAGAGCAUUCCCUCCGCCGAUUUCAUGUAUAGGCAAGAGUGGAAAACCUUGGGUUUCCUUUAAGUCUUAUAGGCAUGAUGGCAGGUUUGUGCUUAAGCAAGUAAGGAUUCCCAGCCAAGAGGUUUUACAUGCAUAUAGAGAAGAUGGCCGAUUAAAGCUGCAGUUUGUUCAGCAAAGUGACGAAAUUCUUGAAGAUGAUGAUGAGGUAGGGGGAGAAGAAAACUACACAGAAAAUGACGAGCAAGAAGAAAAUGAAGAAACAGGCAAAUGAUGAGGACGAUGACGGGUUAAAAGAACAGUGUGUGCAGCAGACAUAAAGUCAAGGACAAUUGUCAUAGAUAGGUAGGAAUAUUUUUCGCUCGACUACUAGAAAGAUCUCCCUUCUCUUUUUCUUCCACAGUUGCAAAUAAGUUAAGAGGAAAAAAUGAAAAUAUCUUUGACUAUCUAAACAUAAUUUCUUAUCCUUUUCUUUU